AUGGGGGCAGCGAGCCAAGGGGAAGAGCCUGGGCUGCAUCUUGACAGCUGCAAAAUGGGAAUGGUAGUGCGGCCAGAGGAGAUGGAUGUGGCACUGGCUAAAGUAUCGAUAGAGGGGCAAAUGGGUGUUGAGAUUAUGGAGGAGGAAGUAGUUGGAACUCAACGUCGCAAGGACAGCUUGUCUCCUAAGGAGGAGGGUCGAACGAGAUUGGAAUAUGGGGCAGGAAUGGAGGCAUUAAAUCUAGAAGAUGGCAGUCUUUCUCUUGCGAAUAUGCAGCUCAUUGUGGAUCUUGAUGACACUCAAGGAAGGCUAGCUGAUUCUCUUCACCUUGAUUCGGUUGCUGAUGCGGAAGGGGUGGUAAAUCAUCUCUCUGGGGGUGAAGGGCAAUGGGAAAGGGCUCACGCUAGACAUCGGGGAGUUCGUGCUCGUUUUCCAUCUGACCGAACUUUACGAUCAAUGCUCGACCGCGAGAUGUUGUGGGCAGAGUUGUUGUUGGACAAGCCAACUGAGACUCCGUGGUUCUUAGCGGGAGAUUUAAAUGUGAUUGCUCAGGAGGAAGAGAAGCGAGGAGGGGUGCCAUUUCAAUUAAAUGAAGGGGUCGAAAUUGCGCGGUUCAUGGUGGAGGCUGGAGUGAUGGACGCAGGUUUCUCGGGUUCCAAGUAUACGUGGUGUAAUAAUCGGCAAGGGCGGGCUCGGAUUUGGAAACGCCUCGAUAGAGUGCUUCUCAACUUGGAGGCUUUGCAGAUGGGAUCUAGCUUCCUGGUGCAGCACUUGGCUAGGGAUCCGUCGGAUCAUUCCCCGCUUUUGAUGACCGCUUCCUUUCGCUUCGAUCAUAAACCGAAGCCUUUUCGUUUUCUCAAUGUGUGGACCACGAAAGCGGGGCUGCGGGACGUCAUACGUGAUGCAUGGUCAGGGGAGUUUGGCGGGUCGCCGUUAGGGAGUUUAGCUUCCAAGUUGCGUGCGGUCAAGCAAGCGCUGAAAGGGUGGUCUAGGGACUCUUUUGGGGACAUAUUCAAGGCUGUUAAGGAGGCAGAGAGGGCUGUACAGGAGGCGGAGGUGGCCCAGGAGCAGGACUCCUCUGACUCUGUGCAACGGGCCCUCAAUGUUGCCAGGGAGCGGCUUCGGGUUACCUUGGUUGUCGAAGAAGGAUUUUGGAAACAAAAAGCCAGGGUGCGGUGGCUGAAGGAUGGCGAUAGGAAUACUAAGUACUUCCAUGCGGUGGUGGCAGAGAGGAGAAGUAGGGCUAUCAUUCAUAGGAUCCGUGGACCUACUGGUGCUUGGGUAGAAUCUGAGGACCUCAUCGGAAAGGAGGCAAUUGGUUUUUUCCAGGGGCUUUUCACUGCAGAGGCGCCUCCCUCAACUUAUGAGUUCUUGAAUACCAUUCCGAGGUUGGUGACCGAUCAGGAUAAUUCCGGACUAAUGGAGCCCCCCACUUUAGAGGAUGUUAAGAAGGUGAUUUUCUCAAUGGAUAGUGAGAGCGUUGUGGGACCGGAUGGGUUUACGGGGGAGUUUUUCACAUUUGCAUGGGAUGUGAUUGCGGAGGAUGUCUACCAGGCGGUUUUAAGCUUCUUUUGUGGGGCGGAGCUGCCAAGGAGCAUUACCGCCACGAAUAUUGUCCUGAUCCCUAAGGUUCAGUGCCCCCAGGACUUCACACAAUACUGUCUGAUAAGUCUUUGUAACUUCUUAAAUAAAGUGCUCUCACGUAUCUUGUCGGAUCGGUUAGCUAAGUUGUUACCCCGGAUCAUCUCCCCUCAACAGAGUGGAUUCGUCAAAGGGCGACAAAUUGCAGACAACUUUUUACUGGCACAGGAAUUGGUGGCAGAUAUUGGGAAACAGUCACGUGGAGGAAACGUGGUGCUUAAGUUGGAUAUGAUGAAAGCUUACGAUAGGGUGUCAUGGUAUUUUCUAUUGCAAGUGUUGAGGCGUUUCGGGUUCUCCGAGUCAUGGAUUGAUGCCAUUUGGAGACUGGUUUCUAAUGUUUGGUUCUCGGUUUUGAUCAACGGGACCCCUCAGGGGUUCUUUCGUUCAACGCGUGGGUUGAGACAAGGGGACCCACUAUCUCCAGCCUUGUUUGUGAUAGGUUCUGAAGCUCUCUCUCGGGCGCUGAACGCUAUGGUUGAGCAGCGUCAGUUUCAACCGUAUAAGAUUCCGAUUGGUUGCCCGAUUGUCACACAUCUGGCUUUUGCCGACGAUGUGGUCAUCUUCACCAGUGGCUUGAAAUCUUCUCUGCGUCUUGUGAUGAGGGUUGUCGAAGAUUAUUGUGAGGUGUCGGGACAGAAGAUUAAUAAGCAAAAGAGUGCCUUCCUUGUGCAUCCUCGCCUUUCUCCGUAUCGCUGCAGCAUUAUCAGGCAUCUUACGGGCUUCCAGAAUCGAAGCUUUCCGAUCCGGUAUUUGGGUUGCCCCUUGUACACGGGACGGCGGAAGAAGGAGUAUUUUGGGGAGGUUUGCAAGGCCAUUGUUGGUCGAAUUUUAUUUUGGAAGCAGCGAAUUCUGUCGCCAGGGGGACGGGUGGUGCUUCUCAAGCACGUUCUAUCCUCUCUGCCUAUUCAUUUGUUGGCAGCGGCGUCGCCUACCAAGGGAGUCUUACGGGAGAUAGAGAGAGAGAUGGCAGCGUUUCUAUGGGGCUCUUCAGAGUAUGGUCCGAGGUUUCACUGGAUGAAAUGGGAAGACCUUUGUAGGCCACAGGGUCGCUCGCUCUGGGCUUCUUUUAUUGCGGCUAAGUAUUGUAGGGGCCGGCACCCUUGCUUGGUAGAGGAGAGGAUAGGGAGCUCUUACACUUGGAGGCGGAUGUGUAUGGUCCAGGGGGUAAUGGAGGAAAAUAUCGGCUGGAUUGUUCGGUCAGGGACAAUGGAUUUUUGGCAUGAUAACUGGACUGGGUCAGGACCGCUGUGUCGUCAAGUGGAGGUGUUCCAGGACCAUCGUGUAGCAGAUUUUGUUAUUGGAGGGGAAUGGAGCGCGCCACUCCUCUCCAAAGUUUUACAGCCGGAGGUAUUUCGUUUGGUGAUGGCGUCCUCGCCUCCAGCUCUUCAGGGGGAAGACAGGAUGGUAUGGAUGUUAACUCCUGCUGGGGAGUUCUCGGUUGCCUCAGCGAUGUCACUUGUUCGUGCCCACUCUAAUGGAUCCCUUGGCUCUGCUUGCAUUUGGCACAGAUUCUUGCCGGUAACAAUUUCAUUUUUUAUGUUGCGACUCCUGUCAGACAGAUUACCACUAAUGGAGCAGCUACGACGUUUUGGAGUCCAAGGGCCGUCCCGCUGUUGCUGCUGCAUCAAUCCUCAGGAGGAGCAAUUGAACCAUCUGUUUUGCACAGGGGAGACUGCUCGUCAAGUAUGGAAAGCGUUUGAUUUUCCGGGGGGGUGCUCGGAUGGUAUCAACUCGGUUCGACAUAGGGCAAUCUCGUGGUGGAUUCGACCUGCUUCAAAUCGGUAUCUGGCAUUCGUCUAUCGGCUCCUGCCAUCUCUAAUUUGUUGGGAGGUGUGGAGAGCUCGGACUAAUGGUUUCAUGCAGGGUGGGCGUGUAGAAGGGGGGGUGGUGAUAACCCGGGUCAUGCACUGGCUGAAGGAGCUGUUGCAUCUGCAAUUCCCGUCACUCCCAUGGGCCCAUGCCACUUGGGUGAGUUUGCACGACUACUUGGAAAUGCGGCCACGUCGGUGGCUUAUCUGGCCUGUUAAGUGGUUGCCUCCACCGGAAGGUUACAAGCUUAACACUGACGGGUGUUCGCUUGGCAACCCGGGCAGGAGUGGUGGGGGAGGGCUUUUGCGCGAUUGCCAUGGGGGUUUCCUCUUUGGGUUCUCCUGCUACUUUGGCAUCACUACGAGCCUGCACGCAGAGCUCCGCGCUUUGGUUUAUGGGGUCCGGCAGUGUGUAGCACGAGGAUAUACCCAGUUACACUUGGAGGUGGACUCUUUAACGCUGGUUCAGAUUCUUUCGGGAGGUCAUGCAUGCCCCUGGCGGUUGCAGGUGGAGGUGGACGAGAUCCUGCGAUUGCAGAGUUUGGUUCGGUCGAUAACUCAUUGUUGGCGAGAGGCAAAUCAACCUGCGGACAGGUUGGCCAAGUUGGGGGCGAUUCGACGAGAUGCUGUCUUUUUUGACUCCUUUGAUAGUUUGCCCCUAAUGGCUAGGGGAGAGAUACGUGAUUGGUGUAUGACCCAAUCUCAAAAAGGUGAUUUGGAUUUUGAUUCAAAAAUUGAAAAAGCUGCAAAGUAUUUGAGGAAGCAAACUCGCUUGCAAAAACAAACUUUGCAACCAUCUUCACCAGGAUUUCAUAUCACCUUAGAGAUAGCUGAGUCGGGCAAUUCUGGCGACGAAGAGAUGGCUGAGGAGAAUAGAAAUAAUGGCAAUAAUCAAUAG